UUGGAUUUCUUUCUAUCUUCUUUGUUUUUUGGUAUAGCUUUUAGUGCAAAAGGACCAAAGAUGACCCCCACAAGAAGUAAUAGUAGUAGUAGUAGUAGUAAGAACAUGAGUAACCUGAAUCCCACCAAUCAGCAGUACCACCAGAUUAACAUUCAGACUACUCCAUCACAUGAUCAACCACCUCUGCCAUUAAAUCUUCCUCGUUCAGAUCUUCUUAUUGGAAGAGAAGAUUACAAUGAGAUUUUGGUUCCUUCAUAUAAAGCAACAAUAACGGGCGAUUGGAAAGCUGCGAAAAUCAUUCUUGAUAGGCGACCGGAGCUCUUACGGUUUAGCAUCACUGAAAGUUGUGAAACAGUACUUCACAUUGCAGUAUUGGGAAGAUCAUACUGGUUUGUGGAGUAUUUGGUGAGUUUGAUGGAAAAAGUGGAUUUAGAACUUCAAAAUGUUAAUGGGCAAACUGCUCUUUCUUUAGCAGCUAUGACUGGACAUGUUAGAAUGGCAAAGAUUUUGGUGAAAAAAAACAAUGCCCUGUUGGAUAUUCCUGAUAGUCGAGGAAUGAUGCCACUCUACAUGGCUGCUUUAUAUGGCAAACAUGAUAUGGUCAAGUAUCUGUAUUAUAAAUCUAAGAAGAUGACUGGCGAUUUUUGGACCCAUGAGAAUCGGGUUUGUGUUCUGGUGAAAUCCGUUGAGUCCAAUCUAUUUGACGUUGCAUUACAGAUCGUGACAGACCGCCCGGAACUUGCUAUAAACGGGAAGGUACUUGGACUACUGGCUCGAAAACCUUAUGCAUUUGAUGCUAUAAGACCUAACAUUAUUCCAAGGAUUAUAUAUUCAUUUUUUGCAGCAUGUCGUCUGAAAGUUAGAACUCCGGACAUGGAGAGUCAUGCCCUACAGUUACUAAGGAUAAUUUGGGCAGAAAUUGUGAAAUUGCCAAAGGCACAAAUUCAUGACAUAAUAAGGGGACCGCCUGAUCUGACUAAGGGAGAUGAAAAGCAAACGCGCUCUGAAAAAGAACAGCAAGAAACACUGCAAUUGCUAAGAACCAUUUCUGACAAUCUAGCGAAACUGCCUACUACCAUUUUUAACCUAUUUAAAGGCCCAUCUCAUGAAAAUUCAACAGAAAGGAAAGACGUGAAGUCAAGAUACUCUUCGCGGGUAUUGUUUCUUGCUGCAGAAAUGGGUAAUACUGCAUUUGUAGCUGAGGUUAUUGGGCAAUAUCCACAUCUAGUGCGGGAGGUAAAUGACAAAAACCAAAGCAUAUUUCAUGUUGCUGUCUCACACCGUCACGAGGGCAUCUACAAUUUGUUAUAUGACAUAGGGUCACUGAGGAACUUAAUAAUUACCCUUGAAGACACAAACGGAAACAAUAUUUUGCAUUUAGCUGGGGAGAAUCCAAAGAUGAAUAGGUUACAGAAAGUCCCAGGAGUCGGCCUGCAACUGCAUCUAGAGACAUUAUGGUACAAGGAAGUAGAAGCAUUGCUCCCUCCUCCUUUCCGAGAAAUGAAGAAUGGAGCUGGCCUAACACCACAUGAAGUUUUUGAAAAGAAUCACAAAAUUCUAUUUUCCAAAGGGGAAGAGUGGAUGAAAGAAACCGCUGCUCAGUUAAUGGUGGUUGCAUCAUUGAUAGCUACCAUCUCAUUUGCUGCAGCAUUUACAUUUCCGGGUGGAUAUGACCAAGUUACUGGUAUGCCUAUCUUCGUCCGGAAAAACCUUUCCAAAGUUUUCAUAAUAUUUGAUGGCUUGUCAUUUAUCUCCGCUACAAACUCAAUUCUCCUGGUCUUGACUAUACUCGGCUCUGAUUUCACUGAACAUGACUUCUUGAUUUCCUUACCCCAGAAGUUGAUGAUAUGUUUAACAUCACUAUUCAUCUCGAUAGCAACCAUGAUCCUCACUUUCAUAAUCAACUUUUUAUUACUUUAUCAAAAUCAUUCCAAGUGGAUCCCCAUUUUUAUCAGCUGUUUUGCUGCUGUAACUUACAUGAUAUUUGGUAGCCCGAAAUUUCCACUUAUAGGUCGCUUUCUAUAUGGUUCAAGAUUUCUUUUCAAAAGGGAGAGAAGAAUGCUUAAGAAACCAAUCUUUUAGCCAUUUUUUCUUAUGUAUUCUAUUAUUUUGUAUGUAAUUUUGUAUGUAACUUUGUAUGGUGAAUUAUAGCUAAACAUAUAUGUUUUGUUUCUUUUAGCUGUAAAUACAAUAUAUUCACAAUAAUUCUGACACAA